GCCAGCAACAUUCGCGUUUGCACGUCGCCAUGGCCAAGAAAGCAAAGUCCCGUACCAUCAUGGUGCGCCUCAUCUCGAUGGCCAUGACCGGAUACUACCGCACAAUGCAACGGCCACGUGCUCAUCAACCACUGAGCAUGCUGAAGUACGAUCCUAUCGUACGAAAGCAAGUGCUUUUCCUUGAGGCCAAACGUGGAAAGAAAUAAUUGGACACCCAUUGUCACGCAUUGUAGCGUCAAUACACCACGAGACACGCCACGAAUCGAGCAUUUGGAAAGUGGGAAAACAUCUGCGCGCACGAGACGUGGCAUCACCAAGUUGGGAGGGGCGACGCGCUCCGUACCCACAGGACAGACCUCUGCAGUCAAGAUAUGUACAAUAACUGUACGUGCAUUCUACCAUAUACAGUAUAGCAUGGCGUUAUAGAUGGAUUCGGCAGAUACAGGGCAAGAGCCCUCGAAUACAACAACAUAAGGAACUCGCGCUAGGCGCUGAUCCCUGGAAUGCAGUGUACUCCAACAACGC